UACUAGUUUUGAAUUCUGAAACUCGUCACAUGUGUGUUUUCGAGGUGGCGAAUUCAGGCAAGCGAGCGAGGGGUGAAAAUAGAGGUGGUGAUGGGGAGAAGAGUUUGCUAGAAUCCUUGGUUUUGCCAAUGCUUUCAGGGUUCGACAGAGAACAGGAGAAUUCAGCUAUUGUGUCUGCUUUGGCUCGUGUAGUUGCUGGUGAAGCUGAGGAUAUUGAUCAAGAACUGGUGGUGAUGAACCAAGGUGACGGCGGUGGAGUUGUCGGAGGUUAUUAUGGAGCAGCAGCAUCAUCAAAUGGUGAUUCUAGUUCUCCAUCUGCAUGCUCUUCCUGGGGUGGUGGUGUUGGAGAAAAAAGAGGACGUCCAGAGCUGAAUCCUGAUGUGGGAUUGUCAGAAUCAGUUUCAGCUGUUUGCUGGGCAUUUAAUGAUCGCCCUCCAGUUGGUUCGAACUUGGGAUCAGGAGCGGAGAGUUCAUUGAUGAGAACCAGCAUGGCAGCAACAGGAGCAACAUAUACAUAUGCUGCAACAAGUACCAACAGCACAGAGCCCUACACAGGAGAGCCAAAGAGAAGAUACAGAGGAGUUCGACGGCGGCCGUGGGGCAAAUGGGCAGCUGAAAUAAGGGAUCCAUACAAGGCUGCAAGAGUUUGGUUAGGAACAUUUGACACAGCUGAGGCAGCUGCUAGAGCUUAUGAUGAGGCAGCUCUAAGAUUUCGAGGCAAUAAAGCCAAACUCAAUUUCCCAGAAAACGUAACACUUUUGCCAUCUUCUGCAUCCUCUACUUCAUCUUCAUCAUCCUUAUCGUCCUCCCAGUUGAUGGUUUCUGAUUCUCCAAACGCCCUUUUCUCAAUCGUAUCAUCCUCUGAGCCAAUCGUUCACACUUAUCAGGUUCUUCAUCACAUGCAAAAUCCUGCUUAUUCUGCCAAUUUCUUGAAUUCCAAUGCUGCUCAGAAUCAGAUGUCUUUCAUAAAUCCUAGCCGGUUUUUGCCGAGACAACCAACAAGUUUGUUGGACCAGUUUCUUUUACCAUCUUCUUCAACGGGCUCUACCUUUCAAUCAACUUCAUCCUCCUUCCCCCCUUAUACUAUUGCAGCACCAGCUCCUUCUCCUCAAACCCCUGCUUAUCCUCUGUUUUUGCCAGUUCAACCACCAGUUCUGAAGCCUUCAAGCAGCAGGAGCGAAAACACGGCAGAUUUUCCAAUGAACUCUUGGUCCGAUUCUGGACAUCAUCAAUCUUCUUCGGAAUGAUUUUUAGCCCAUGAUUAGGCUGGUUUAGUUUAGUUUGGCUAAAUUUUGGUGGCCAUUUUCCUUGUUAUUUCACUGCAAAACCAAAAGCAUGAUUGAAGUGUAAUAUGGGGUAAAUUUCAAAGGUAUUAUAUAUACUUUUUGCUGCAUGUAG